UAGAAGACGUGCAUUUUGUAAAUCACUUAAACAAAUCCUGUAAAAGAGAUAAACUGAAGUUAAACUAUUCAAAAUGAAAAAGCUUUCACCCAAAAUCCUGCAACAUUAUAAAACUAUAUCCACGAGCAGGCCCGGGCGGGCCGAGUGUUACCCGCAGGCCGUGUACGGGCCGACGGAGAUACAGAAGUCUGUGAUGCUUAACGGCAUCCAGAUCGUAGCUGCGAGGGUUUCUGGCGCGCUGAUGACUGCUUGUACCGUUAUGUUCCAGGCUGGCUCCCGCUUCGAAACCAACGACGACUUGGGAGCAUCCCACUUCAUCCGCACCAUGUCUUCAGCAUCAGGAAGGGAAUACACUGCGUUUGGCAAGCUCCGCGUUCUGCAGCAGCAAGGCGCCUACCUGACCUGCACGUCUGAUCGACAGACCAUUGCCUUCAAUCUGAGAUGUCCUCUACCUUUGUUCAAUACGCUGAAAGGGUAUUUGGCGGAUACUGCUGCGAGAUGCUCUUAUCAUGAGUGGGAAAUAGCCGACCGGAAGCAACAAGUAAGAGGCGAUCUCACCAGAAUGCACCCAGAACAGCGUGUGUUAGACCUGGUUCAGCGCGCGUGCUGGGCCGGCCCUCUUGCCAACUCCAUGUUCUGUGAAGAGGAGAGGAUUGACAGCAUGACGUCUGAAAAGCUGACGAGUUACGCUGCUACUAACUUCAAAUCAAUUCAUUGUGCGGUCGCCAGUGUGGGGAUACCGUUUGAGGAAACUAUUGAACUGGCGGAAAUGAUCGACUCGAGAGUGGGAAGGCCUACCUCUGAACAAUGCCACAGCUGCCCGCGCUUUCGUUCUGGCAUCGAAACUUACGACCUGGGCUCCGACAGCGACACCUGGAUCGCUGCAGCGGUGCGAGGUUGUGGAACUGGUGAUGUUAACAAUCUGUUCAAACACGCACUAGUAGCGUCCGCCUGUGGCACCGGCAGCAUGACCCAGGGACAGCAUUGGAUGGACAGGACCUCUGAAGGACCGAUCGGGAUUCUGUCCCUGGGCGACAUCUUCUCUGACUACAGAGCUUUAAACAUCUCUUAUGCGGAGACUGGUGUUUUUGGUAUAGUAGCAAAAUGCAAAGCAGAGAUGGCGUGUAAUGCUGCCUAUGCUGCCACUGACUUUCUGGCGAACGUCUAUAAACUGAGUCCAGAACAAAUAGAAAAUGGAAAGAAGAGACUUCAGGUGAGCCUGUGCUUUCACGACGAGGACCCGGUGAAGGCCUCACAAGGUCUCGCGCUGCAGGCGCUGAGCGGCGCACACAUAGACACCGCAGAGCAAGCCGUGUCUAUGCUCGACGCCAUUAACGCCGCGGAUGUCACCGACACUGCCGCUACGCUAGCCUCUAGAUGUAAUCAAAUGGCCAUCGCUAUAGUUGGUGAUGUGGGAGCUGUUCCAACGGAUAUAUUUUAUAAUAUGUGAAGAGACUAAGAAACUUUCACAAUAAACGUUAAUUUAUUAUUA